CCCGAUUCUGAUCACCAUGCAACUCUCAUCAUCGCUCUAAAACCUCACCUCCAUUGCGCAUCCUUCAGACCCUGUUCUGUCUGACUGACUGAGGUGAAUGAAGAUACUUUAAGAGAGCUCGUGUCAGCGGAGAUGUUGGCAGGUGUGUUAGUUCUGGGCACCAUCCUUACAGCUUUACCAGGUAUCCAAAGCAGGUGGAGUGUGUCUUUUUCUCGGAGGGAGAUCUGUGUGUGGGCAGGAACAACUGUCACUCUGCCCUGCCGUUAUGAUUACCCAUCAGGUCACACUGUGAGGCGGGUCAUGUGGUUCCGUGUGUCUGCAGAGGGUCGCAGGGAGUUCACUUACCACACUGACCCAAAUGAGAUCAGCCUGUCGUACCGUGGACGCGCUCGCUACAUCGGGGGCAGCUACUCCAGCUGUUCAGUCCAGAUUCGAGCUGUUAAGCUGAGUGAUGCGGGCCAGUACCACUUCAGGUUUGAGACAGACCAACCGCUGGGGAGAUGGACCUCCCCCAACACCAUCACUCUGGAUGUAACGGACCUCCAGGUCCAGGUGCAUCCAGCAAGGCCCGCCAACAUGUUUGGCCUCGGAGAGACUGUGUUUGUAGGCUGCCAGGCCAGAGGAUGUGCUGCUCCAGGAAGGAGCCUUGCUCUGUACAGGAACGGACUUAACCUCGGCUCCUAUGAGAAAUGGAUGAUUAUCAACCGCUUUGACCAACAGCAUACUGGAGCGUACACCUGUCGACCAAUCCCACCACAGAAUGUACAGUCACCGUCCCUCUCGCUGGCUCUCGGAUAUGGUCCCCGCUCCACCUCCAUCACAGUCUUCCCAGUUGGAGAGGUGUCAGAGGAGGCGUCGGUCACUCUCACCUGCAGUAGUGAUGCAGCUCCACCUGCAGAGAGCUUUGCAUGGUUCAAAGACAUGGAGAGUGGCAGCAUCCCAGACAGUUUUAGGCCUCAGCUCCGCCUGUCCCAACUCAAAUACACAGACAGAGGAGAGUACUUCUGUGUAGCACGUAACUCACUGGGAACAGAUCGCUCCAAACCACUUCUACUCAAUGUCACCUACUCUCCAAAGAACACACGGGUGCUAGUGAGUCCUCCAGCCGACAUCAGAGAAGGCUCAUCUGUAAACCUGAGCUGUGUCAGCCACGCCAACCCUCCUGCCAGCAGGUAUGCUUGGUAUCGUAUCAUAGGUGACCAGGUGUUGGCUAAAGGAACCUUCCAGAACAUGACGUUCCCCUCAGUGCGCGCUCACCUUUCUGGUCAGUACUACUGCACAGCGUGGAACCGGUUAGGAUACCAAACCUCCCCUGUUGCUACACUCACUAUACUCUAUCCUCCCAAGAACACCUCAGUCCUGGCUCGUCCCUCCAGUGUGGUGGACGCUGGCCGACCUUUGACCUUGACCUGCAGCAGUCAGGCCAACCCGGCAGUGGACAACUUCACAUGGCACCGCUUAACUCUGGACGGGGGCUCUGUACAAUCGUGGGGCAGUAAGUCUGGUCCUGUCUUCACCUUCUCAGAGGUUGGCCCCAGAGAGAGCGGCCAAUACUAUUGUGAGGCCAGGAAUCGAAUCGGAGCCCACAGCUCUCCUGUCCUCACUGUGCGAGUUAGAGGUCGUCUUAAGGUCAUUGCCUUGGCGUCAGCGGUGGGGGUGUCUGCUGGACUCAUCACUCUCACAGUGGCCAUUAUGAUCAGUAAGAACAUGCACAGAGUGGACAUGGAGUCAGUAGAAGUAGCAAACAAGCGUCCGUCAGUGACAGCUGACACCAUGUUCUAUGAGUCAGCCCAACAGAUCUUUCCAGUGAGAAAGGGCAAGAUGUCUGACAUACCGGAGGAGCCAGAGGACUUGAGUGACAGCGCCCAUCCCGCCAUUGUUCCCCUGAAAGAUGCCCCACCAAUCACAGAAGUUGAAACUCACAGCCCUGCCCCCAACUACAUCACUGUCCACUACUCCAAGAGGUGCAGUGUGGACCAGGUGCAGGUCCACAACAUGCCACUGGGUGGUGACAAAAAGCCGAAGGAUUCCACCAAAGUUGUUUACACUUUACUGCAGCAGUCUCACCACUGACCCGGAGAAAAAGACCAACUGGCUGAACGACACAUCAGCUUCCUGCACACUUUCCAUCCAUUCACAUUGUAGGUCAGGAAACAACUCGAAGUAAACUCUGACGAUGCCUUACGCUGUUCUGGGUCAGACAUGUCGUCAUAGAUCCUCCAUCAUUCACCAGACCACAACACGUGCUGACUGGGAGUUCAGCUCCUGACCUCUGUUGCAUGUCCUCCCCUUUUUUUCUAUGCAUCUUUCCACUGUAUGCUACCUGAUGAAGCAGAAAUGUUUCAAAACAAUAACAAAAAAGUAACGUUCACACUGUUGGUUGCUUGUAUUCAUAUCCACAUACAGGCUCUAUCUACUGUUGCUCUUUUGUUGAUGGCUCACACUGAGAUACAAGUAAAUGUAGAUGACACAGUGUGACUGGUUGAUACAGCAUCAUUGGCAUCCAUUUAAAAUGAGAUAGUCAUAUGUAUUCAAUGGUCUCCAAUAAAAAUGACGCUCAAAGACAUAUCAGUCAAAGAAGCCCAUAAAAAAGUAUUUGACAUCCACACAGAAUAUACACUAUUUGACACAUUAAUUUCUACACUGUAUUCAUCUAUGUCCUCAGUCCAACAGGCUUAUUGUGAUUGCUGAUGCUGCCAUAUUUAUUGAGUUGAUACAGCUGCUUGUUUCCAUCUUUUUUUUAUGUGGUGUAAGUAAAGCCAGCAAUAAUGCAGCAUUACAUGUUGUAGUUUGUUACAAUGAAGAAAAAUAAAACAAACAAAUUCUCGUAGCCUAAAUGUAUGUUGCGAAUUUUGCAGCUCACAAAUAAUUAACAGCACUGAAUAAGAAAAUUGUUGAGAGUAAGAAAAGUGUAAUCAGCAUUUCAAUUAGAAGGAUACAAUGUAUGACUUUGGAUGAAUUUCAUGAAAACCUUUUUUUUUUUGUCACAGAGGUGACAAAUGUUUCAUGACUAGCAUCACACAAUCAUUCAAAUCAACCAGACCUAUGCCAAGUUAACACAAGAGCUUCUUUCCUUUCAGUAAAAGUGACUUACAGUACCUGUUAUCUGUUUUGGUAUGUUGAAAAAUAAGACUUGAGUCAUGACAGUGAGCCAUGUUUGGUGAUUUAACAUAUAUUGCUAAGAAAAAUAAAUACAGUUGCAAUAAAGACGUGUUAUCAAAUACAUCAGCAUGCAACUUCUUUUUAAUCUGUUAAAUCCACAGCACAAUACUAACUCGAGUA